ACAGAACCACAGACCUCACUCUCACUAACAUUUUGUCUGUAAAAAAAAUUAAUUAAAAUCAGGACUCUCUCUCUCUCUUACACAUCGCCGUUAUUCACUCUUUCUCUCUCUACUAUUUCAAUGGCUGGUGUGUUGGAAACCAUCGCAGUUCCACGCGCCUCCGUUUUCUCAUCGGCGCGUUUGGCUCCUAUAGCGGAUUCUUCUUCGUCCUCCGGCCGUCGCUCCUCCGUUAAUUUUUCUCAGUUCAGAGGACUUAAGUUCCAGCCGGUCCGGUCGCCGGUCUCCCUCAGCUCACAGUCAAAAUCCGUUCGCCGUAGUGGACGAGUCGUCUGUGAGGCUCAGGAAACAGCUGUUCAAGUGCCUGCCGUUACCGACAAAACAUGGAAAUCACUUGUAAUUGAGUCCGAUUUACCUGUCUUGGUCGAAUUUUGGGCUCCAUGGUGUGGUCCAUGCCGAAUGAUUCAUCCCGUCAUUGGCGAGCUAUCACAGGAAUACGCUGGCAAGUUUAAAUUCUUCCAGCUGAAUACAGAUGAAAGCCCCUCAACUGCAAGCGAAUAUGGGAUCCGAAGUAUUCCAACUGUCAUGAUUUUCAAGGACGGAGAGAAGAAAGAUGCAGUCAUUGGCGCAGUUCCCAAAACGACAUUGACCACCAGCAUAGAGAAGUUCUUGUAAAAUGGUGCAGUGCAAAUAUAGAUUAUGAGAAGUUAGCUGUUUCUCUUCUUUAUAUAUUCUCUCUUUGCCUUCACAACACAGGUAGAAUAUUCUGAAUAAACCUGAAAUGCUUCUGUAUAGAUUGCGGAUAUACAUUCCUCUCCUCUUACUUUUGCAUUACAUUAGUAACCGAAUGUUACUCGUCAAAAAGAAAAUGUUAGUAAUUGAAUUUCUUUCACGUCUGAAUUUCACUGGUAUUCUGUGCUACAUUUUCCUUUAGAAGGAUCCUUGUGUUGUUAUUGCAGAACAUGGCAUCAGGUAUUCUACAUGUAAUUUUGGGGGUCUGUUGUAUCUAAUCAAUGGCCGUUGUUGAAA